CGCCCAAUCAACAACAUGGCAUUCAAGUUUCUAAUCCUUUGCGCCGUGGUAGCCAUUGCCCGUGCUGGUUACAUAGCGGCACCGGUACCUCUAACCUACGCCGCUGCCCCGAUCGUUAAGACCGUCGAGUACGAUGCAAACCCUCAGUACGCUUUUUCUUAUGGAGUUUCGGAUGGUCUGACCGGUGAUCAGAAGAGCCAGCAGGAAUCCCGCAGCGGUGAUGUCGUUCAGGGUUCGUAUUCCGUCGUAGAUCCGGACGGUUUUAAGCGUACCGUUGACUACAGUGCCGAUCCACUCAAUGGAUUUAAUGCUGCAGUCCGCCGUGAACCGAUUGGCGUACCUGUGGUGGCGGCGGUGGCACCUGUCGUUUAUUCGGCACCAAUUGUAAAGACUGUCGUUGCCCAGCCAGCUAUGGUUCAGUACGCUGCCCAACCGAUCGUUGGUUCCUAUGCGCGCCACUAAAAAGUACAGACUCUUCCGAGAUGAUGAUCUUAAUAGAAGUUUAGGAGCUGUUGACUGGAGACAGGCAGGAUGUGCUGAUAGAUAUUUACCUGAUUUGAGUGAUGAAAAUAUAUUUACUUUCUAAAUUUUGACUCAACAAAACAAGUAGGGGUUUUCCCAUUACUUGUGUUCUUGUUUGCCUGGCGGACCCUUACUGACAGGGCGGGCAAGCUGCUUCUACCCAGAUUUCGUAAACACAACAAAAACGAAGAUAACAAAAAAUAUUAAAUUUACUGUCUUUUAUUA